CUGUAAGGAUUUUUUGGUGUGGAAAUGAAGGGCUGAGCUGUGCUGCGGAUCUGGCAACCCUGCAUGCUGCCCUGAUCGCUGAUGAGCUCGGAGAGGAGGAGAGCACGAGCGUUGAGUUUGAGUUUGGAGCUCAGCACCAUCACAUGCGGAUCCGCGUUUAUAAAGUGGGAUGGUGAGAGGGGGGAGUGCGUGAGGAGAUGGGCUGCGCCUCGGCUAAGCAGGUAUCGGCUGUGCCGAGUGACGACGAGGGCCGAGGAAAGGCCUACAGCAACGGAGACGUAUACUCCGAUGAGUACAGGACAAAAGGGGUGGAGGAGGUGAAGUACAUGCGUGGAGAGGAAGACCGAGUGAAUGCACGCAACCAGGAGAAGAGUUCAGCACAGAACAAAGCAAAGCUGCACAAAGAGGUGCCAGGAGCCAACGCCAACAGGGCCAAUAUUCAUACGUCAGAGAGUCAGCAGGAGUUCUUCAGAAUGCUGGAUGAGAAGAUUGAGAAGGGACGAGACUACUGUUGGGAGGAAGAGCGAGCGAGAGAGAAUGAGAGAAAAAUAGAGAGAACAUUCCCUUCUAUGGAGUGAAUUCAAAUCAGUGUUUUGUCUAUAACUGUUCAGAUUGGAAGAGUGUUCGUGCGUGCAUGCAUGCAUGCAUGCAUGCAUGUCUGUGAGUGUGUGAGUGUGUGAGCGUGUGUGUGAGAGAAACUAAAAGCGAGUGUAAGCCUGCGAACGGGAAUUUCCCUUGAGAACUAUAACUCCUCCCCCCGCCCACUCUCCUCCUGCUUCCAUCUACGGUGGAAGAACGAAAUGGACAUUUUGAUCGACAUCUGUUUGAAUGACCAAUCUACUGAGGAUUUAACUCCGCCCCUCUGCACCUCCUGCUACAACCUGAUUGGUUGGUUAUGGAUGCACAACUUCCUCCUCGACUGUGAGAGACAAUGAGAAGACAGGAUGAAAAGGGGAAAAGGAUGUUUUUGUGCCCUCGGGCAGAAAACAUGGGAUGAAAGGACGUAACACAGAAGUGUGUGUGUGUGUGUGUGUGUGUGUGUGUGUGUGUGUGUGUGUGCUUGAUCUGUAAAGAAAAACAGAAGAGAUAUUUUAAUAAGAGAGAUAUGAGGGAUGGAAAGUUUUGAACUCCUGCCUUUUGAAGGACAUUUUUUUUUUUUUAAUUUGUGGAGUUUUCAUUUCAUUUAUUAUUUUUUUGUUGUUGUUGUUUUUUUAUUGUUGUUGUUUUUUGGUUUUUUGGCUCAUAUCAUAGCACAGUGCCCCCUUCAGACUAAAGAUGUAAUGGGCAGGGCCGCACUGACCCCAUACACACCCUUCACACACACAUCAAAACAUAUUACAUAUCAAAUCACUUUAUGUUCACUGAGCCCUGACAUAGACACACUGACUGUAGAGUUCCCUGCUUACACUCCUUCCUAACCACACACACACACACACACACACACACACAGGCUACAUGCUAAUUCUGACUUUAACCACACUUGCCGUUUGUCUGAAGGUCGGAAUCCACUAGCAAGAACUUUCCCGAUUACACAAAACUGAGUAUCGGCCCGGUAUCUGACGUCACACCACCCUGCUGUUGAGUUCUCAAACCUAAUUGGUCAGAAAGUGUUGAUUAAUUUUCUGUAACAGCAGCUCUUACAAUAGUGCUGCUGCAAAUCACAGGUUUAUAUUAAUGCGCUCGUUCUAAUACGUCAUCGUUUCUAUAGUAACAGCUCAUUCGCAGGGACUCGUACGACGGACAAUCUGCAUAAUCUAAAGCUAAUAAUAAGCAUUAAGAAAACAUGUAAUAAUGAUAUGAAGAAGGGUUGUCCAAGGAUGCUUUUAUUUAGGAAGGAGUCUCCAGUGUCAGCGCUUCAUCAGGCUACAGUCAGGACGUUUUCAGAGUUUACGCUUUGCUGUUUCUCGGUAAAAUGACCGAAUUAGAUUUUUCUGCAUACGAUCCCUUAAAGAAAUCCAUCGUCACCUAGGAAUAGAGCACUGAUGCUCAGUAUCGCAUGGAUAAUUAAAAAAAAAAAGUGAGUAGUUUGCUUCUAGUAAAUUAUAUUUCUCAAAUAUACACCAUCGUUCUUUGCUAAUAUACACUAAUAUCAAAUCAGCAUGCUGGUAUUGAGUAAAAACAGUAUAGCACGAUGGUUUUCAAACCUUUUGUAGUCUCUUUAAUUGUAAAAUAAAUUCCACGGACCCCCUCAGUAUGGAUUUAUUUCAUGAACAUUGUUUACAUUUUUUUAAGUAAUAUUUUUUGGAGCUGUAGAACUUUCAAUUCCUGAACUUUCCACUGAUAGAACACAUGAGGUCCGUGUUGACUUUAGUGCUUGGCCCCUUAAAUAGAGUAACUUUGAUCAUGUGGAUUGUGAUUUCCACCACAGUAACAAAAUAAAAACAUCACAGACCCCCUGGCUAUGCUUCACAAGAACCACAGGUACAGAGGAUAAAGCAGAACACACAGAGGAGUGUAUUAACUGACACAAAAACCAUGUCUUAGGCUCAUUAAUAGUAAUGAAUUACUGAGCAAACUAUCAGAUUUUAAUUAUUAAUAAAUAAAACAGUCAGUAGUCGACACAGACCUUUGCGCCUGACUGUACACGAUGUCUGUCCUGACACCGAGAUCUCAUUCAGAAUGCAGUAAGUAGAUGUGUGGUGUCCUGUGAAAAGCCAUUACAUGCUCAAAUUUUACUUUCCUCAACUGAAAUAUGUUGCUAUUUUGUAUAAAUCCCAUCACCCGAGGUAAAAGUCACUGACGGCGUUUAAACCCGAGCGUCAUCGUCGUCUCUUCGCGCCACUAAUCUCUGUUCACGCUAACUUCGAUGGGGAAAUAAUCACUUGUUCAUUCAUUUACUGUCCUGUUGUCUAAAUGUCUUUUUAUUCGGUCGUUUAAGCAUUUUAAAACUUUGUCCGCGGUCAUCUUUACAGAGAGCGUAAGUGCUCUUCUCUGUUUUGAUGAUGAUGUGAUGAUGCGAAGGAGCAUGGCGGACAUUUUGACAGCUGAUAUCUGAUUUCAAAAUUGAGGUCUGUGCACAUAGCUAUUUAAAAACCUGGUCAAAUUGAGGAAAUCACACUUCGCUAGCGAGGUUUUAGACAUCUUUAGGCAGACUGACUCACUGGCUUCUUACACAACAUGGUCUUCGCAGGUAGAUGCCAAAGCAGACUAACAUAUACAUAUAUAUAUAUAUAUAGUUGGAGUAUGUUAUUGGCUGUUUUUUCAGAAUUUUUCAGCCGCAGUGAUGGGAUUUCCCAGACCACCACACAAAUAUAUCAGUAUGAGAGAUGAGAUAGAAAGUGUUUGUCUGUGAGUGAUCCAGAGAAAAGCCCCGUCCCCUGUCGUCUCUCUCUGUCAGUCAGGAAGAGAUUUUUUUUUUUAAAUUAUUAUUAUUAUUUUUAUUAUUAUUUUUUUUUAACCUCCAAAGGUGAGUUUCGGUGGUGUUUCCCAAACUGGUGUUUUCCAGGUUGGGUGAAUUUCCACCUCUUCAGCUGUUUUUAAUCAUACAGAUCUGUGAAAAGGUGGAUGUUUUUCCCCACAGAGUAAAUAUAAACAAAAUUUACAGAAAAUGUACAAUUUGGGGUCGCGUUCAGAAAACAUUGACUUUUAAAAGGUGGGGAAAAUGCCAAUCUGGCAACCAGUGUCCAGUAGCCUGUCCUCUGUUUUAUGGUAGCCUGAAACACACACACACACACACACACACACACACACACACACACACAGAGGGUGCUGUGUACAAACUCCAGCAGUGUAAGAGGUGGUGAGGUGACAGUGCGGACUCUGUCCUGCUCCUGCUUCUGUUCUCUUUAUUCCUGAAUCUGCUCCUUUUUUGGGAAUGAUGUUAUUUUCCAAUAAUUUUUCUAUUAAAUAUGAAAAAUAAAGAA